AUGACCCAAUUCGCGCGCCCACCACCCGCUAUCCCCAACAACAUUGCGAUCCUGUCGUACCCUUACCCCAAUGUCCUGCACGUCGCGCUCAACCGCCCAAAGGCAUACAACGCCAUGAACCGCGAGUUCAACAAUACUCUCGCGGCCGUGUUUGACUGGUAUGAGAACGAGCCAAGUCUGCGUGUUGCGAUUCUCGGCAGCACAAACCCCAAAGCAUGGUGUGCCGGGGCAGACCUCAAGGAGUGGAAGGAUACAAAUGCGGACAACACGCCCAAGCCUCCGGCCAACAAGGUCGGAUUUGCGGGCAUGUCCACGCGUUCUACCCGCAAGCCCGUCAUCGGUGCAAUUAGGGGUGUGGCCCUGGGUGGAGGCUCCGAGCUCGUCAUGAACCUCGACAUCAAUGUUGCAGGCCAGACGGCAACGUUUGGAUUUCCAGAGGUCAAGCGCGGUGUCAGCAUCAACGCCGGCGGUCUCCCGCGCUUCGUCCGGCUGGUCGGACACCAGAAGGCUGCCGAGCUCAUACUCACGGGACGCAACAUCCCUGCCAAGGAGGCGCUCGAGUUGCGCAUGAUCAACGAGGUUGUGCCGGACGCCAACGUCGAGUCGCGCGCGCUCGAGAUCGCAAAGAUCAUUUCGUCCAACAGCCCCGACUCGGUCAUGGCGCUGCUGUACGGCAUCCGUCUCACGGCUGAGGCCGGCAGCCUGCAGUCGGCAUCCGACCUGUACGACCAGUCCCUCCAGGUCCGUACGCUCCUCGCCGGAGACAACAUCAAGGAGGGCCUCCUUGCAUUCCAGGAGCGUCGUGAACCGCGCUGGCUCCCCAGCAAGCUCUAG